GGAGGAGGAGGAGGAGGAGGAGGAGGCGGCUAACUAUCGCUGCAUGAUCACACUGAGCACACCCUGCCAGAGAGCUAGUCAGUGUUAACAGGCACAUAAAAAUGUCGGGGAAGAGUUUCAGAGUCAGCGAUGGCGACUGGAUUUGUCCCGAUAAAAAGUGUGGAAACGUGAACUUUGCUAGAAGAACUAGUUGUAACAGAUGUGGCAGGGAGAAAACCACAGAGGCCAAGAUGAUGAAAGCAGGAGGGACAGAGAUUGGGAAAACUCUGGCCGAGAAGAGUCGAGGCCUCUUCAGUGCGAAUGAUUGGCAAUGCAAAACAUGUGGCAAUGUGAAUUGGGCUAGAAGGUCAGAGUGCAACAUGUGUAACACACCGAAAUAUGCCAAGCUUGAAGAGAGAACAGGUUAUGGUGGAGGUUUCAAUGAAAGGGAGAAUGUGGAAUAUAUUGAACGGGAGGAAUCUGAUGGCGAAUACGAUGAAUUUGGUAGGAAGAAGAAAAAGUUUCGUGGAAAGACCAACAGCACAUCUUCCUCAAAAGAAACUGAAAAGAAAGAAGUAGCUAAAGCUGCGCCUGAAGAUGAGGAGGAGGAAGAAGACGAGGAAGAGGAGGAAGAAGGGGAUCUUUCCAAAUACAAAUUAGACGAUGAUGAUGAUGAAGAGGAAGACGAAGAUGGAGACCUGUCGAAGUACGACCUGGACGCCAGCGAUGAUGAUAAGGCAGCUAAGAAAAAGGGCAGCCGCUCUGGUUCUUCGCGCUCCCGCUCGUCCUCUCGCUCCUCCAGCUCCAGUUCACGGUCGAGGUCCAGGUCCCGCUCUAGAAGCUCAUCCAGUUCCAGGUCUGGAUCUCGCUCGAGGUCCCACUCCAGAUCCAGCUCCAGGUCUGGAAAGGGCUCCUCUCCCCGGAAGAGGUCCCGCUCACCCUCCUCCUCACCUGAGAGGACACAGAAGCGCAGUCGCUCCAGGUCCUCAUCUGGAGGGAGAAAGAGGAGGCGUUCUAGAUCACGUUCGUCCGAAAGGUUUGGGUUUCUGUGGAAUACCACAAUGGCACUGAUUAUUAUUAGCCAACUGUCGCCUCGCUUAAGGGAAUUCAGAUUUACAGAAAUACGUUUCUUGCCUUUUUGUUAUAUUGUUUUUUUUUAUAUAUACACGUUGUGCCCUUGUAUUUGUUUCAAGUAUGCAUGAUUGAAUGUUAAUAGCCGAGCCUGCUGACCUGUGCUUUUCUUCCCAUGGUGUUUGUGUGAUUUCAGGUGCGGCGGCCAGUCCUCUGGAUCCUCCCAUUCUGGCUCCAGUUCAAAAAAGAAAUAACUUUAUUACAGCCUUUAAGACAAGAAAAGGAACCUUAGUACAAGUGCAUGUUGUGUUGCAAGGAAAAACAACCACAUCCUUUCAGUAUGCUGUUCAUUUUCAUAGAAAAGUCUUAUUUCCCUCAACAACAACAACAACAACAACAACAACACAAAAAAAAAAAGACAGAGGCAACAUGACUUCUCUGCCGUUAUCAUUAUAUGUCCCUUUUUAAAACCACACAACCCCCAAUCUGUGACAAGUGUCUGUAAUUACAGGUGUCCAAUAAACAUAAAUGUUUGGUCCUGUAAGAAAAUCAGAUAUACUGUGAAGAGGCUGUAUCCCAUUUUAAACCCAUUCUGCUGAAUAUCUUCGUGGCAGUACAUUUUAUUCUACUCAUCUGUGGAGAAAUUGAAGUGAACAUUUUUUUAUUACUUUUUUUGGCCCUAGGAAACAUCUAUUUCCAAAUAAAUACUGUCUUCAUUUGAAUAAAAAGUGAAGUACUUAAGCACCGAUUUAGAAUACCAGAGAUGUAGCAAUGAAUUUUGGCCCCAUUUAUUUUAUUUUCUUGAUAAAUAUAUAAUUUUUCUUUUGUGUUUUCAAGGUAAGUAUUUUACUUUUUGAUAUUGCUUGUUUUAAGUAAAUGGCAGCGAGUUCAACAUUCUUUGGUUUAGGUUUAAGUGUUGUGUUUUUUCUUUACACAAUUGACACCUAGUUUACCACUCACUUAUUCCUCUUCGUUUGUCACCUGGGUAACUAAUGAAUUCAAGAGAUUACAGAUUUUUGUGCUUCAGAUUAGUGUUUAAAGGAUAAACAUGCAGUAUGUCCCAAUUUAUGGUAGAAUGUGGCAAUACAGUCUUUUUAUUGGUAAAACAACUCAAAUGUACACGUGUAAAUAAAAUCCUGUCAACAUUG